CUGUGCGCUCCCUGCCUUUGUCCUAACCCCGCAGAUCGGUUUUGCGCCCGCUCCUCCCGAGCCAUUUACCACCAGCCAUCCACGACGCGUCUCGCGUCCCCGAUCUGGUCGCGGUCUGAUCCUCAGUGCUCAUGCCAUCAUCAGGGGUCAAAGCGCACGGCCAAAGUGCACAGCGGAGAGUUCUCAAGAAGAAGAUUUCGAAUGAUUCGGGCAUAGGUUCAUCCAACUCGUCUGCAUCCUGGUCAACACGCGAAGUGCGCUCGAGCGCUCCAACUCCAUCUGCGGGCACCACAUCGCGGCUGUCUAAGCCUGAGCAUUUAUCUUUAGAACCGCUCUCUUUGCGCUAUAGCUCUGUUCGAACGUGUCCGAAACCUCCUGGUCGCAUUUCACAUGCUGAACACGGGCGCCGCAAGGCUCGGCGCGUGGAGAACUGGCUGAAGGAACAACAACGCUUCUGUAACGACAUGAAUGAGAAUGCCCGUGAACACAUAGCAAAGGCGGCAGGAACGCCAUGCAACCCGUAUCUCGCAUAUCCAGGCAUGUCAAAGUUUACCUCGUGGCAGGAUAGCAAUGACGAGGACGAUAUUCUUGGAAGCUUUGUAAUAGUUGAGGAGGAGGAAGAAUCAGAGGAUGAGCGCAUGGGCGGCCCAUCAAUGUCUGACAAUACAUAUAUGCUCCAACCCUCAGUCGACGACGUAAUAUCGACUUCAACUCCUUCACACUCCAACGCAACGCAACCUCCCUCGCUGCGUGCGUCUCGUCCCGCGAGUACCCUUUCUAUCUCUUCCUGGAGAAAUCGUCCCUUCACCAAGACACUACCGACACAACGACAUCUAUCGGGCUCAGAAGCACCCAUUGAUCUUUCUACACCACCUGCUUCACUCAAGCUCGGAUCCCUUCGACGGCGAUCGCCUAUUCCCGAAACGUUCUUAGAUACCGAUCCAUCAACAGACUCAAGGUUUGGUAAGACGGCGCAGAACAAAGCAAGCAGCGCUACGCUGAGAGCGUCAGAAACGCCGCGCACCUCUGUGCGGAAGCGGCUCAGUAAUCUUAUGCGACCCAGCGGAAAUGUUAGCGCAUAUCUCCAGUCUCCUACGUCGACGAAGGCAUCAAGCAGCCCGAGGCCAUCGACCAGCGCAUCUGCAACAACCGCUACAACCUCCACGGCAGUAGAGAACGAACUACGCUGCUCGGAAGAUUCCAGUCCCAAGCGCUUUCUACAAAAAUUCAGCAUCAACAUUUCCAAGGCGGCACGGCAACCUUCAGACGAUCUCCGAGUAGGCUCUCCCACCUUCUCUUCUUUCUCCGGGGCCGAGCAGCACGAGGAACCGGUCAUUGGGAGCCCGUUUCCGGAUAGCACCUUCUCACACCCUCAAGCCCCUUUCACACCAGUUCCCUCGCACAGACAGACGCAAUCGAGUAUUUUUGGCGACAAGCGACAUAACGCGUCUAGUUCGGCUCUGAGCACGCUGAGCAUCGGAAGCAUUGGCAGCAUAGCGACCAACAUCAAUGGGCGAGCCAGCAGCGUGCUUACUGGCUCAACAACAGUGAAGCGCAAGCGACUAGUCGUGAGUGGAAUAGGAUGGGAUGACACUGCGGCGGUUGAGGGCCUUCGCCGAUGGUGUGAGCGGUUCGGCGAGUUACGUCAGGUCACGCGAAUGCCGAACGGGGAUUUUCUCAUCGAUUUCAAACGUGCAGAUGUCGCGGAUACGGUUUGUCGUAUAUCCGCACGAGUGCAUAUAGACGGUGUAGGGAGCGUCAACAUGUCAUGGACCACGGGGAAGAGACACUAAGCUGACCUUCCUGUCAAUCCGGACAUUUUUCGUCUCCCUGGAUCGACGAUGACGACUUUUUACGUUCAAUUCUCUCCUGUGACGACCCAUUACGACUCGCUAUGAAGUACUUGUUUUAUGCUGGUCUUUAUCUGUAACCUACUUCACAAAGGGCAGAACAAGCAUGCAUCAUACCAGCUUCUGUAACUUUAGCAUCUUUCAUGACAUCUAUUGCAUCACGCUUCGCAUGCAUAUACUGUAUCUUUCGUGUAUAUUUCCCAUGUAUAUCUCCCCUUCGUAUUCGUCCACCUGUGUAUCUCGAUAAACGAAAUUCGCUCAUUAUGGUCACUCAUGCGUUCUCGUCCUUCGCCUCAUCUACCUGACACUCCUUCGAAAUUUCGUCCAAUAUAGCUUCUUGACUCCACUGUCUUGAACACCACCUCCCUUCCCUUCUUUGCUGUACUACCC